AUGAGUUACGACGAAAAAUGGUUUUAUAGCUUUGUGAAAUUGUGGCAGUUUCUUCUAAUGCGGGUUUUCUUCAUUGUACUUGCCUUCCUUGUCACUGCGCACUGCCUUUGUAAAGUCGGUGGUAGAGAUCGCGAUGAAGACGAGAAAUGGGUCGACGGUAGCUUUCUGAUGCAGUGCCUGAAGGUGGGGGAGUGGGGUGGUUGGAGAACUACAAUCUUGGCUUGUAUGGUAGAUAACAAGCAGGUUUGUGGUUUUGCAUUCGAUAUGACCACAGCAUGA